AUGUUUGGCUUGACGACUGAUCCUGUGCGCAGGAUCCGGAAUCCUCUGGCACACCUUACCAAUGAACAGGUCAUCAAGGACGUGGAAGACUUUUCAAGGUCCAGCGGUUUAGAGGAAUACACGCCGAUGCUGGUCAAAGGCGCCCUUAUUGCAAAGGAUCCCCCGGCCUUCGAAACAGUCCCAGGCCUCUCCGAGGAUGAGAUGGAGGCCAUCAGAAAUGAAGUAUUGCACAAAUGGAGGCAGCCAAGGUCACUCUACUUCACCAUCAUCCUGUGCUCCAUCGGCGCAGCUGUGCAAGGCUGGGACCAGACCGGCUCCAAUGGCGCCAAUCUGUCGUUCCCAGAUGCCCUAGGCAUCCCCAUCACGAAUACCUUGGCUGAUGGCUCGCCAAAUCCCAAUGCCUCUCGCAACCAGUGGUAUCAAGGUCUAGUCAAUGCAGGCCCCUACAUUGCUUCUGCUCUGCUUGGUUGCUGGUGCUCGGAUCCACUGAAUAAGUAUUUUGGCCGCCGUGGAACUAUUUUCGCGUCUGCUGUCUUCUGCUUCUUGUCCCCCAUUGGUAGCGCUUGUGCACAAACCUGGGAACAACUCUUGGUCACCAGGCUCUUACUUGGUAUUGGUAUGGGAUGUAAAGGGUCAACUGUACCAAUCUUCAGCGCCGAAAAUGCUCCUGCAUCAAUCCGAGGGGGCUUGGUCAUGUGCUGGCAGAUGUGGACGGCUUUCGGCAUCUUCUUAGGCACUUGCGCCAACCUUGCUGUCAAAGACACGGGAGCAAUCUCGUGGCGACUCCAGUUUGGGUCGGCCUUUAUCCCAGCCGUGCCACUCCUGGUCGGAAUCUACUUCUGUCCCGAAUCGCCCCGGUGGUACAUCAAGAAAGGCAGAUACUCAAAGGCCUUCAGGUCUCUCAGAAGGCUCCGCAACACUGAACUCCAAGCCGCCCGAGACUUGUACUACAUCUUUGCUCAAUUGCGUAUGGAAGCUGCCCUGGUGCAGAAAAAUACCAACUAUGCCACUCGCUUCAUUCAGCUGUUCACCAUUCCACGGGUGCGGCGCGCGACCUUGGCUUCCUUCACUGUCAUGAUUGCGCAGCAGAUGUGCGGAAUUAACAUCAUCGCCUUUUACAGCUCCACCGUGUUCGAGCAGGCCGGUGCUUCUAUCACUAACUCUCUUCUGGCCUCAUGGGGAUUCGGCCUGGUGAACUUUGUGUUUGCGUGGCCGGCCAUCUGGACUAUCGAUACCUUCGGGCGUCGAUCUCUCCUGCUGUUCACCUUCCCCAAUAUGGCCUGGACACUACUGGCCGCCGGACUUUGCUAUUUGAUUCCCAGUUCCAGUUCGGCCCAUUUAGGUCUUGUGGCUUUGUUUAUCUACCUGUUUGCUGCAUUCUACUCGCCAGGCGAAGGACCUGUGCCUUUCACCUACUCAGCCGAAGUCUUCCCGUUGUCGCAUCGUGAAGUGGGCAUGUCCUGGGCCGUAGCGACCUGUCUAUUCUGGGCCGCUGUCCUUUCCAUCACAUUCCCUCGAAUGCUUGCGGCCAUGACUCCCACAGGUGCUUUCGGCUUCUACGCUGGCUUGAACCUGUGUGCAUUUGUCAUGAUCUUCCUGUGGCUGCCAGAGACCAAACAACGCACCUUGGAGGAACUCGACUACAUCUUCGCCAUCCCGACCCGUACCUUCAUGAAACACCAGGUCGGCACUGUUCUCCCUUGGUGGAUCAAGACCUAUAUCUUCCGUCGCAAGAUCGGCCCUUGCCCCGCGCUUUGGUCGUUCGAUGGCCACGUUGACAACGAUAAGGACUUUGUCGAGACUGUUCGUCGCCAGAGCUUAGCUGUUGCUGGUGGUCGACGCCGAAGCAGUAUCGCAGACAAGAUUGCCAAUAGAUUCUAG